AGGACUGUUUAGAGGAUAGCGUGAGCGUCGAGUGUAGCACUUUGGCUCUGCACAAAGAAUUUAAAGAGAAUGUUUCAGGCUUCGUCGUGAAUCUUUAAACAUGAGUGGUGUAUCAUUUGUAUCAGAGACCGAAAUCGAGGAUGUACGCAAAAAGAAACAGGAAGAAUGGGAGAAAGUCAGAAAGGAAAGCGAUCCAAUCGAGUGCCCUGAGCCAGUUCAUGACAAUAAGACUUUGUAUGAAAGACUACAAGAACAAAAACAGAAAAAACAGGAUGAAUGGGAUGAACAACAUCAAUUGAAAAAUAUGAUAAGGGGCCUUGAUGGUGAUGAGACAGUGUUUCUUGACCUGGUUGCUAAGCAACAAGAGGAGAUAGCCAAUCGCAGAUUUGAUGAAGAAUCACAAGAAAUCAGAGAGUAUAGGGAUGCAGUUUCUCAGUUUCAGAGUGCCAUAAUAGCUGAGCCAGCAACUACUAAACCAGCUGGGUCAGCAGUAUCUCAACGAAAGUCCUCACAGGAGUCUGGGGCCAAAAAAAGUCAACUACAACUUAUAGCGGGGGCCAUUAAAAGAAAAAGUAGUAGCAGUAGUCAAGAGUCUCCAGAAAAGAAGUCAAAAGCUUCCAACGAGUUUGAGAAAAUAACGUCAGAGACACACGAAGAGAGGAACAUUAGAUCUGAGAAAUCAAGUGCAAGUGUGGAAGAAGACGACCUGAAGAAAAGACCUUUUGCAAACAGAUCUGACAGUGCUUCGAAAUGUGAAACAAAGUCUGGUAUUAAUCAAGAAAAGCAGGAAAAACAGGUUAUACCAGGACUUGGAGCUUAUUCAGACUCAAGUGAUUCAGACUCGUCGUCUGAUGAAUCUUAAUGGAGUGGUCUCUGGUGAAUGAACUUUUUCUCAGUGGUUGGAAGGAAGGUCAUAAAACAGAAUCUACGAAACAGAUUCAUUUAAGUGAAUAAGUUGAUAACGUUCUUUCUAAAUGAAAGCCAUGAAAAAGGAAUGGUGAGCCAUUGGAAAGGUUAUCACGCGGACUGAACGCAUGCAGUGUGUUUAUGUUCAAGUUCAACAUGGACGAAAACUUUCAAAUGACAGUGAAUUUUACUUUGCAGUUUUAGCUUUUCAAUAAAAAACUUCAGAAUCCAACAGGAAUCCAACUUAGUUCAGUGUGGAAAGCAAUUUGCCACUGAAUUAUAUUUGCCAUAAUACUCUCUUUGAUUGGUCCAAGUAACUCAAAUCACUUCAGAUAAUCAAAUGCAGUACUAAGUCUAUCCUAACUUGGUUGCACGCGUUUUCGCGCGCACUGGUGCAUGUUUACUUAUUUGAAGAGUUCUUAAUGGCUUUGUCUGUAUUUUAAUAGGCCGUCGCAACUACUUUGGACAUUAUCGAAAGGCUAUUCUACUCCGGAACCUUUCAGA